AAGCAUCCUAUUCGUGAAAAGCUCUCCAACUUCUAGCAUCUCUGUAAAAGGCAACAGUUGCCCACAUUUAUGAGUCAUUUCCUUCCUCCCCUAUUCCCCUUCCGUGUCACCAAUGAUUGGCCUCUUACAAAAACUCACCUAUUUAAACUUCGUUCUUAACCGUCUUUCAGGGACCAUCCCAGAAUCUGUUGGUGACCUCAGUAACCUGGUGCAAUUAUACCUUAUAAACAACUCCUUAACUGGCUCCAUUCCUAACUCCAUCAGCAAGCUCACGUGUCUCGAAGCAUUAGAUCUCGCAGACAACAAUUUAGGUGGCUCAAUACCGGCUAUAAUAGCCAAUCUUCACAACUUGACAGAUUUGUGAGACUUUCAAGUACAAGCGCAAGAUGCC